AUGACCAGGAAAAACCGUGAUCCUAAAGAAUAUUUGUUGUCGAUUCUAAAAGAACAUGUUAAAUUUCUUAGUAGGAUGAUGAAAAAAGAAAUCCCAGACAAAAUGCUCACUUUAAUUAUCGAACGAAUAAAAAAAAAUAAGAUCAAGAAAUUGGAAAAGACAAUCAAAAAGAAAGAUGUAGAAAUUGGAAAGAAAGAUGAGGAAAUUGAAAAUUUACAUAUCAUGAUCAACACCCAAAGCGAAGUUAUCGACAAAAAAGAAAAUGAAAUUAUGAUACUAGAAGGAAAAAUGAGCAGAUUGCAAGUUCGAUACGAUGAAUGUGUCGACAGCAAUAUAAGCUUAAGUUAUAAGCUAGAAAUUGAACAUACUGAAGUGGAUAAUUUACGUACUGAAGUGAAUAAUUUACAAAAUGCAAAUAAUGAACAAACGAAUUAUAUUCAAACUAAAGAUAGAAAUUUGCGGAAACUUGUCGAUAAAAAUCUUAAGCUCGAAAGCGAUAAU